CGACAAUGGAGGUCCUUCAGAAAACUUGUCAGUCUAUUCUUCUAUGUACAGUUUUCAUUGUUCUUUGUUUGGAGGCUUCCCCUUGCUUUGCUUUCACUUCGUUCGUGUUUGGGGACUCUCUGGUUGAUGCAGGAAACAAUGACUACAUCUUCACGCUCUCGAAAGCCGACUCUCCUCCUUAUGGCAUCGAUUUUAAGGCUUCAGGUGGACGACCCACCGGUAGGUUCACAAAUGGUCGAACCAUAUCGGACAUCAUAGGUCAAGAACUUGGAGCCAAAUCAUUUCCACCACCUUAUCUAGCCCCAGACACCCAAGCCAGCUCAAUUCUCAGAGGAAUUAAUUAUGCUUCUGGAGCCUCCGGAAUAUUAGAUGAAACAGGGUUUUUGUUUAUUGGAAGAGUCCCACUGCGUGAGCAAGUAAAUAAUUUUGAGCAGAGCAGAAGUUACAUGGUAAACGUAAUGGGAGAGAGAAGCACAAGAGAAUUUCUAAAGAAGGCAAUCUUCUCGAUCACAAUUGGAUCCAACGAUGUUCUCAACUAUGUCCAACCAUCCAUACCAUUUUUUAGUCAUGACAAAGUCUCACCCAACACGUUCCAACAUUUCAUGGUCUCUAACUUGACAAUACAACUCAAGCGACUGCACGAGUUGGGAGCUAGAAAGUUCAUUGUGGUUGGAGUUGGACCACUGGGUUGCAUACCCUUCAUUCGUGCCGUUAAUCUUUUACCAAGUGGUCACUGCUUUGGUGAAGUGAAUGAUUUGAUCCAAGGCUACAAUAAGAAACUCAAUGGUUUGUUGGAUCAACUGAACCAGGUGUUGGGUCCUGAAGCUAUCUUUGUGUAUGCAAAUUCUUAUGACAUCUUCAUGAAGAUCAUAGUGAAUUAUCAUCAAUAUGGGUUUAAGGAUGCGGACGCACCGUGUUGUGGUGGAUACUUUCCACCAUUUCUUUGCUUCAUGGGAAGGAACACAAGCUCUCCCCUGUGUGGUGAUCGAUCCAAGUAUGUGUUUUGGGAUGCUUAUCAUCCAACAGAGGCUGCUAAUGUCAUCAUAGCUAAGAGGUUGCUUGAUGGAGAUGAAAGUAUUAGCUCACCUAUUAAUAUCCGGGAGCUUUAUAACUACAAUUCUUAGUGAAAUUUUAAUAACCAUGUAACGUGUUUAUGUAUCAAUGUAUCAUCAAUAAAAUUCUCUCGUAUCCCCGAAGUUUUUUCAUAAAAAAACAAGGGUCAAACUAAAUGUACCCAGCAAAUUUCUAAGUGAA